AUGCCUGUGUGCAGUGCAGGACUCAGCAGGGACAGAGAACUCCCUCACCUCCCACAGACAGAGCAUCCCAGGAGUGACCAGCUGAAUGUGGGUGACUAUAUCAAGUCGGUGAACGGCAUCAACCUGACGAAGUUGCGGCACGAGGAGAUCAUCAGCCUGCUGAAGAACGUGGGGGAGCGGGUGGUGCUUGAGGUGGAGUACGAGCUGCCGCCAGCCGCGCCAGACAGUACCUCAGGUGUUAUAUCCAAGACAAUCGAGAUAUGCUUGCACAAGGAAGGCAACAGCUUCGGCUUCGUCAUGCGAGGAGGCUCGCACGAGGACUGGCACAAGUCGAGACCCCUGGUGGUGACGUACGUCCGUCCAGGAGGACCUGCCGACAGAGAGGGCACCCUGCGGGCAGGCGACCGGCUGAUGAGCGUAGACGGGGUGCCCCUACACAGUGCCAGCCACAGCGAUGCCCUCACCGUCCUCCAGCAGUGUGGCCAGGAGGCGCUCUUUCACAUCGAGUACGACGUCUCCAUCAUGGACACAGUCACAAACGCCUCCGGUCCUCUGCUGGUGGAGAUCGCCAAGUCUCCAGGGGCAUCGCUAGGCAUCACGCUUACCACUGCCACUUACAGGAGCAAGCAGGUCAUCGUCAUCGACAAGAUCAAACCUGCCAGCGUCGUCGACAGGAGUGGGGCACUGCACGUGGGUGAUCACAUCCUGUCCAUAGACGCCACGAGCACCGAGCACUGCUCCGUGCUGGAGGCCACCCAGCUGCUGGCCAGCACCUCGGACCAGGCCAAGCUCGAGAUCCUCCCUGCCCAUCACAACAGACUGCCCAACAAGGGAACUGACACUGUGAAGGUCCUGAAGAGUGACCACCCUCACUCGUGGGAUCCGUGUGUGAACUACUGCCAUACCCAGCACACAGGCCAGUGUAAGACCUCCACAUGGAGCACCUCCAACAGUCAGGACUACUGCAAAUCUGUGGUGUCCACUAACUUCUCUCCGGGCUCCACCACCACUUCUGGGAUGACCAGCCAGACGUCCAGCACGCUGCCCCGCACCUCACAUCCUCCGAUGAGCCCCCGCAACUCCAUGCUGAAGAGGAGGCAGCGGCAGAAAGACCACAAGAGCUCAUUAUCUCUGGCCUCAAGCUCGGUGGGUCCGGGUGGGCAGAUCGUGCACGUGGAGAGCAGUGAGGUGACUCUCGGAGGAGAUCCACUCAACGGCUUUGGCGUGCAGCUGCAGGGAGGCAUCUUCGCCACCGAGACGCUCUCUGCACCUCCGCUCAUACGCUUCAUCGAACCCGACAGUUCCGCCGAGAGGUGUGGGCUGCUUCAGGUUGGCGACAGAGUGCUGUCCAUCAACGGUAUCCCAACGGAGGACGGAACACUGGAGGAGGCCAAUCAGCUGUUACGAGAUGCUGCUCUGACCAAUAAAGUCACUCUGGAAGUGGAGUUUGAUGUAGCAGAGUCUGUUGUACCAAGCAGUGGCACUUUCCAUGUGAAGCUUCCCAAGAAGAGAGGAGUCGAGCUGGGAAUAACUAUAAGUGCAAAUAAGAAACCGGGGGAACCAUUAAUCAUAUCAGAUAUUAAGAAAGGAAGUAUGGCUCAUAGAACAGGGACACUGGAGCCUGGAGACAAGCUGCUGGCCAUUGAUAACAUCCGGCUGGAGAACUGCGCCAUGGAGGACGCCAUGCAGAUUCUUCAGCAGUGUGAAGACUUGGUCAAGCUUAAGAUCCGGAAGGACGAGGACAACUCUGACGAACAGGAGACGUCCGGCUCGAUCAUCUACACGGUGGAGCUGAAACGCUACGGCGGUCCACUGGGCAUCACCAUCUCAGGAACAGAGGAGCCCUUUGACCCCAUCAUCAUAUCAGGGCUCACCAAACGCGGCCUGGCCGAGAGGACGGGGGCGAUCCACGUAGGUGACCGCAUCUUGGCCAUCAACAGCGUGAGCCUGAAGGGCAAGCCCCUGAGCGAGGCCAUCCACCUGCUGCAGAUGGCUGGCGAGACAGUCACCCUCAAGAUCAAGAAGCAGACAGACAUGUCCGAGGAGAAGAAGCCGAGCGAUGUGGAGACGGAGCUGAGCGACAACGACGAGGAUGAGAUGACCGACUCGCAGAAGACCAACAAGCUGUCAGAGAUCUACUCCACCACCAUCCCCAGUGUAGACUCGGCCAUGGAGUCGUGGGACGGCUCGGGCAUCGAUGCCGGAUACGGCAGCCAAGGGACGUACGGGCACCAGGUGGCUGGCAUGGCUCUUCAUCCCCAUGAGUGGCGCCGGGCCAAACCAGAGGAACCUUCAGCCACCCUGCCUGCCCAUAAGAACUACCCCGUUCAGCGACAUGGAGGCUUCAGUGAAGAUGACUGGGAUAAGCCUGCAGGGUUUAUGGGCCCACCUCACGGUGAGGGCAUCGUGCUGGACCAGGAGGAUCCGUUCUGGUGCCAGGCGCUGGAGGACCUGGAGACCUGCGGUCAGUCGGAGCUGCUGAGGGAGAUUGAGGCCUCCAUAAUGACGGGCAGUGCCCUGAGCCUGGGCGUGGACGGGCACAAGCCCCCCCAUGGUGACCCUCUGGGCCCUGUGGGUCUGAACCCUCUCCAGAAGGGCCCGGUACUGCACGAGGGCAAGAACAAGAACACGCUGCGCGUAUCAGAUAAGACGUGGGAGUCGCGACGCAUCAAGGAGGAGAUGCAGGAGAUCCUGUCGCCCACACCGUUGGAGCUCCUCAAGGUUACCGUGAUGAAGGAUCCUGAGCGAGAUGACUUUGGCUUCAGUGUGUCAGACGGCUUCCUGGAGAAAGGCGUUUACGUCAACAUGAUCCGACCCGAUGGCCCUGCUGACCGCUCAGGACUCAAACCGUUCGAUCGCAUUCUCCAGGUGAACCACGUGCGCACCCGGGACUUCGACUGCUGCCUGGCAGUGCCCCUCAUCACUGAGGCAGGCGACAAGCUGGAGCUGGUGAUCAGCCGCAAUCCGCUGGCACAGAGCUCACCCACGCCGCCGCCCACGCUGCCGCAUGAGUGCCACGAGCUACCCACCAACAUGGUGCCCCUCAGCCGAGAGCUUCUGCACCACACAAACACCAUGGACCUGUGACAGCGAAGAUGAGAACUACAGCCCUUGUGUCACGCUCGCAUUACAAAUAUGGCACUUCUCCCUGAGAACAGGCAACCCAGGACAUUUCAGAUUCUCGUGAGGGGAGGGAUGCCAUUGGUCCCCUGUUGACUGAGCCCCUGGCUAGAGGAGCACUCUCACUGGGAAAAACUUUGCCUAGAAUAUCCAUAAAGGCGUAAUCCAUGAUUCUGGUGAAAUUGUUCAAAUGAUGUUUGAACUCAUCAGCCAAUCAAACAUGCCCCUCUCUUCAGUGUUCAUCAGUUAACAAAACUCCCUGUGUGGUCGGAUGCUCCUUGGCACUUUGUUUGUUUCCCCUUCACCGAGCCAGAACUGUGGCAGACAGCUAGAGAAACACAAGUAGACUUUAGCGGAAUUUGACAAAGAAAAGUGGAUUAUAAGGAUUACAAUCGAGGCCACACUUGGCUGUCAAUGGAGGAUCACCAUUGCCUUCAGUAUUCUAGUAAUGGUUUACACUGGAACAGACCUGGCCCAGAUGCAUGCCAGACCUGAGCCAGAUCCACCCCAGAGCUGGGCCAAAACUGCACCAGUCAGGCCCCAUCUUUGUAGUUGUGUCCAGGAAAUCGCCAGUGUUCAGAAGUCUCUAGUUUCCAUGACAACUCAAAUGUUCUAAAGUUCCUAAAAAAAGUUUUACCAAUCUGCUCGACAGGAAAUAAAUUGAACCUUAUUUCACUGUUUGAAUAUUUCCAGAACUGUAAGUGCCAAUUCAUCCAGAAUUGGAUUGGAACUCAUCCAGAUUCAACCCUAUGCCUUGCUUUAUAACAAGAGUUUCAAAGCAAAGCAUACCUGUAGCUGCAGUUUGAUUGAAGUGCCAGUGUCGUGGGGCUGUGUGAACCUGCACACAAGUAGCUGCACAUGGUCCAAUGAUGUUGUCAUGAUGAAAUGCAGGUAUUUAGGACUUUUUAUUUAUAGAUCCAAAAACAUCCAAAAUGUGCCCCUCUUAUUAUUCUAUCUGAAAAUAGUGCAAAAGGGCCAGAGAUAAGAGCGGACACACUUGGAAGGUGAAUGCAGGAAGGAGGGCUUCUGUUUUUGUAUCAUCAGUGUUAACGUUGACGUUUAACGUUUAACGUUAAAACCUGCUUCAAGGACACAAGCCGAAAUAUUUUCUUUGAGUUUUAAUCUGGGUUGUUUAAAAGAAGAGAAUGUUCUGUAGUCAUGGUCCACAGAGUCCUUUUACACACACACACACACACACACACACACUGUACACACAGAGAAAGAGAGAGAUAGAGAGAGAGAGAGAUAGAGAGAGAGAGAAAUGGACAGAGACCAGUGGUGAACAAAAGCAGACGCGGACGGCCUGCUGUUUCACAGAGGGACCAGGCCCAACGUAACAAAAUGUCCCUUUGAUUUUUCAGCCGAGACUAAACCUCUCUCCCCAGGACUCUGUGCACUGUUGCUGUGUGUGUGUGUGUGUGUGUGUGUGUGUGUGUGUGUGUGU